GGAGGCAGGGCCGGGGCCGGGGCCGCCGAAACCUUCCGGGGCUCGGCGCUGCGGCGGCCGGAGCCGGGCAGGAUGCGCUCCGCGGGGCUGCCGCUGCUGCUCUCGGCCUCCCUCCCUCUCCUCCUCCUCCUCCUGCUGCCUCCGGUCUCCCGAGGCAGCCAGGAGCCUCCAGCAGCAGCAGCAGCAGGAGGAGGAGCAGGGCCGGUGAACGGCAGCCGUGUGCCCGCCGAGCCCCCCGCUGCCGCCGGUAACCACAGCGGGGCCCUGCUCAGCCCCGUGCCCGCGCUGCUCCGCGACCUCUCGGCGCUGAAAGCCGCCGUCAUCGGGGCCUGCGGCCUCACCGCCGCCCUCAUCGCCUGCCUCCUGCUCCGCGUCUUCAGGUCUGGCAAGAGGAUUAAGAAGACCAGGAAGUAUGACAUAAUCACCACUCCAGCUGAGCGGGUAGAAAUGGCUCCUCUGAAUGAAGAAGACGAUGAGGACGAAGACUCAACAGUGUUUGAUGUGAAAUACAGGUAGAGCAGUUGUGUGGAGCACUGGUGCCCUGCCAGAUGUCAUCCUGCUCUCGAGGGACCUGCUGAAGCCAUAACUGUGAAAGGGGAGGCUUUCAUCUCUGCAGCGUUAAAACCAAACCAAGCCUCACCUCCUCGAGGUGCUGUUCGUACAGCAGGCUAUGGAUCUUCUGACCAAAACAUCGCCCUUUGGUUUCCUGGUUUCUCAACUACUAUGUUGGAAUGACUGGAGUUCCUCCUUGCAAACUCAUCUGUCUCUUGCUUCAGAGGACUGCUGUGUCACUAAAGCAUGACAAGGUGCAGCCCCACGUACUGACUUGCAGCUCAUUACGGUCUAAUGAAAUUUUGCAGAAGAAAGAAGAAAAGGAAGAUUGAAUCAAGCUGCCCCCAAGGACUUAUUUUCUAAAAUCCCAAUUCAGUACUGCAGUCGCUGUUAAACUUUGGUCACGGUAAAACAGAUCACAUGUUCAAAAAUUAGGAAGGAUGUUUUUUCUGGGCCUUACAGAAGUGUCUUAUGACUUGAGGUGAUAAAAAUGCAAGUAAUCCAUGCUGAAAUACCACACUAUGUUUAGUGUAGGGUUUUGGGGGGAAGGGGGUGAAAGGUUGACUUAUGCAGAACAUUUUUUUUGACUUGCUACUGAUUUUUUUUUUUUUUUAGAGCAAAAACUAUUGCACUAAGCUUUCAUAGUGACAGUCUCAUUGUCCCAAGGAGCUCUGACCAGACCAACUUCAAUAAAUGAGACCACAGGGAAAUAGGAAGAAUCAGGCAUGCCCUAAACCACAACAGUCUUGGAUUAAAGAAGAUAUAUUUUUGUAAUUUUCUGCCCUUCCACAGGGACUAAAGGCGUUUUGUACUGCUCCGUGUCCUGUGCUUACUGUAACUUGUCUACCAAUCAUCUAUAUUACUUUUUUUCUAAGCAAAGUAAGUCCUCGUGUGAAACGAUUAGAUUGCAGAAAGAACACUACUUAUUCUUCAUGGAAGCUUUGUGUAAGUGAUCUUAAUCUGUAUCAAACUGGAAGUUUUCCCCUACCACCUGCUUGACAAAUCCCAUUAAACUCAAGGACGCAUUUUUAGCCAUUACUCCCUGCUAUGCUUCAUGCUGCAGAGGUCAGAGCUGUGGGAUGGCAUUACGAGAAUUAGAUAGCUGCAUCUGGAUGGAUUGGGUUUAGGAAACCGCAGGAAUGUGUACUUUUCAGGCUGUCAGAAAGGGCAGACCUAACUGGUUUAGUUUCUUUACUUUGCGGUUUUCCUUUAAAGUAACCACAGAUGCAGCUCAGGCUCCUCUUUGGCAUGUUUACUGUUUGCUGCACCCCUUAACACCUUCUUCCUUUGGGCUUGAAGCUGGCUGAAACUUUUUGUCAGGACUGUGCAUUUUCUAAUUGUUUUAGGAUUGUCCCGCUGUUUGCUUGACCACCUCCUCCUCCAGUUACAACCCUUCAAGGAGACUGCAGUGAGUCGCUUUUUUUUUUCUCCUUUUUUCGCAAUCCGAGUAUCGCUGAGAACACUAAACUGCUUCGUCAUGAUACCACAACCUACGCUAGUUCUGCAUGGUUCCCUUGGGCCCUGCAGUCAGUAAAAGGAGGUGAAGGGAAUUUUUUUUUUCCCCAGCAGCCUUGUGCUUUCCUCAGAGCAGCUCCCAUGCCAUCGCUUGCUUUCCCUAACUGUGACUCAGCAAAGGCUUCGCAAACAGCCCUCUCAGCCGGGAUGGAAAAAUCCCACAGCAGACUGUUGUGUUAACGUUAGUCAUCAAGGCAAUAUAAAAAUGCUUUGUUAUUUUCAUUCAUGGAAUGAAUUUGAGUCAUUCCACGUUACUGUUACUAAGCAAUAUUUAACAUGUCAGCUACUACGGUGGGAGUGGAAGAACUGAUGCUGGGGCUGAGCAAGUUGUCUCCUGGCUGGUGGAAGUUGCAGGGACCAGUAGGUUGAACGAUGCUGCAGGUUGAGAUGAAAGCCGGGGAUCUUUUCCCCACCUUGGUAAGACAGGUUUCAGAUUUAGGCUGGAUGAUUCUGUAGGAAAUAUUGCAUUCCUUCAGGACUAAAAUACUUUGAGGAUCAGGAACUGAUCCAAGACAGCCCUUUUGAAGUCAAAGAAGUGGCGAUGCUGAGAGAAAGGCUGGGUUAGAAGCUCCUGGUUGCAUUUGCAGGUGAUGGAGCCAGGUGGCUGUGCUGCCUGAGCAGACACCACAGCAACAUGUUCAUGCCCAUGGUUCUGCCAAAGGCAUCCAGCUGAGCACCAGGCAUUCCAGAAGAGGUGGGGAGAGAGGGAAUAAAUCCUCUUAGCAUGAGAGGCAAGACCAAGUUACCUAGGAGAGAACUGAGAGGUAAAGAUGCACGGAAGGGUACUUCCAAGGGUAAGCCAGUUCUUAAAAUGAGAUUUUCCACCAACUUUAGGUCAUUUGCUGAGUUACUCUGGCAAAGAACAUCUGCUCUGCUUGCUUGUGGCUGAAAAUCCCUUAUUCUGUAACGGGGCCGAGUCUUGCUGGUGGAUGGGGAUCAAGUACGUAAGAUGCUGGGGGAUGGAGCUGCCCAGCUGGCUCCUCGGGGGUCCCAACCCCUGUGCCAUGAGCUAUUGAGUGCUUGGGAGGAAGCAGCAGCUGCCUGGUGGAAAUAAAAGGCCAGCCUCACCGGUUGCUCAUGGUCAUGAACAUAACCUGAAUGCUUUGUUUGAUACUCAGUUGCUGUUGCAAAUGUGAGGCAAUGUUUACCUCUACAGAAGUUGCUGUAUGUGAUUUAAAGUGUCUAGUUAAAUAUUCUAUAGUUAUAUUUAGUUAAGAUUUUAAGAGCACUUGAUGUGACUCAUCUAAUAGUAUAUAUAUGAAUAUUUUUUUAAUGCUAGGAAUUCGUUUAAAACAUAAUUUUAAUAAUUUGGACUGUUUUGUUCGGGUAGGUCUAGGAGUUCAUCAGAGAAGAAUUAGCCAUUAACCACUACAUGAAUGUUUUACCUUAACGUUUGUGUAUUUUACACUGCAGAUUUAAUCUGAUUGUGAUUGUAAUGUCUUAGUAUUUGCUGCUAUUUUGUGUUGCUUAGCCAAGCUUUCUUUGUUCAAGAGCAUUUUUAAAGGCAUUUUUUUUGUUACAGAAAAUGAAAAGAGAAACAUUAUUAUAGAUGUCUGCCUGCAGCUCGCUCGCUGCUUACAAAAUCCACUGACUAGUAGCAGAGGCAAACAGAGCACGCAAAUUAGAAGCUUUCCUCUUUGUGCAUGCUGUGCUGUGGAGAAAAGCCCUGUGCAGAACUGCAGCUUCUUUACUCCAGCAGCCCUGGCAGUGCAGGUUACAUUUGAGAAGCCAGAAGUUGCAUGCCAUGCUUGCCUGCAGAAUUAAGGCAGAAGUGCACAAGUAGGUUUGUGGUUUUUUCCCCCCCCCCUCGAUGGUGUAGAGAUGGCUGCAAGCACUUGUUCAGCACACUGACUUGUGCAGAGGUCAAUGCUUAUCAUAAGCCCAAAAUGACUUGUGGAAGUCUAAUGAACACACAAGAGCUAAUGCAUUUGAACACUUUGUUAACUGUUCCCUCUAAAUCACUGUACAUGGUAUAAUCUCUGCAGGGCAGCAUGUUGUAGUUGUUAAGAUUGUAUUUCUUUUGUUCAAUGAGUUUCUGCUGCUGCAGGUUUUGUGUGAGGAGUUAUCAGGACCAUGUGUUUUGUGUAAUCGCUUGAACUUUGUUUUAAAAUAUGUAUAAGAUAAUUUGUCAUUGUGACCAAAGCUUUUUUUUUUAUAAGAAAAAUGGUAGGACAAGUUUGAAUGGACAUCUCACGUUUCAGUAGAAACUGCCAUCAUUAAACAUGUUCUUGAAAA